UUCAGUGAUGAUGUCUCUUCUCUCAGGAUUUACCCGUUGUUGAUGACACCGCGGGGUUAGCUUGACUUGGUUCUAAAUAACAACUCCCUAUCCCUCUAGACUUUAAAUGUCUGAUCGUAAUCUAAACACAUUCGGAUUUUAAUAUUAUUUAUGACGUUUUCUUGUUUGAUUAAACAAUAAAUUUCGAAUAAAAAAAUAAAUCAUUGUAUAACUUACGAAAUUUUAUGAUUUCUACGUUAUAAACGUCGAUAGUGAUUGUCGGACGAUAAUAAAGAAUCAUUAUCGUGUUCUUAUUUAAUUUAGUGAUUAGAUGAGUAAACUCAAAUGACAUAGAUAUUAUUAUAAAAAGAAUAUAAUCAUCUAACAACGAAGAAAAUCAAGUGUUUUUAUCCAAACGUUUAAAGUGUCGAUGAUUUUUAUUUGAUAUCUAUGUGAAGUCGCGACAGAUCUUUUAGCUUUUUUUCUUCCCUUUGUUAAUUUAAAAGAAUACAAUUAAAUUGGAAAAUCACGUUUUACAAACAUGUCACCCCAAGAAAAACUUGAUACAACAACCACUGGGUUGAAUUUAACCGAUAAUACCUGUGACACCUUAUCACGGACUUCAAAUUCUACGGAUAAACAUGCGAAUCGUAAGAACUCUGGAAAGGAUCUUAAAAAUCAACUUGCCAAUGGAAAGGAUCUGAAAGAAAUGGAUUUCGACGAUCUUUUACCUUACGUCGGGGAAUUUGGACUUUAUCAAAAGAUUCUCUUCAUUCUGAUGAUACCAUUUGCUUCGUUCGUUGCUUGGGUAUAUUUCUCUCAAAUCUUUCUCACUUUGGUACCGGAAGGACAUUGGUGUUGGGUACCAGAAUUAGAAAAUCUUACCGCCUCAGAAAGAAUUGCAUUAGCAAUACCAGUUGGAAAGGAAGGUUAUUCAAAGUGUACCAUGUACGAUGCUAAUUACACUGAGAUUCUGUCAAAUGGAAUAAAUAUCAGCAAUCCAACGUGGUCAAUAAAAAAGUGUCAGCACGGUUGGGAAUUCAACUAUACAGAGAUUCCCUAUUCAACUAUAGCAACCGAGUUUGAAUGGGUUUGUGACAAUAGUGCUUUACCAAGUACAGCCCAGAGUAUCUUUUUUGUUGGCGCUAUUUUUGGUGGAUUAAUAUUUGGAUGGAUCGCUGAUAAAUAUGGUCGAGUACCAGCAUUGGUUGGAGCAAACAUCACUGGAUUUUUAUCAGGAGUAGCUACGAUCUUCGCAGGAAGUUUCUGGGAAUUUGCCGCAUGUCGUUUUUUCUUUGGUUUUGCUUUCGACAAUUGUUUUACUAUGAUGUAUAUAUUAGUCUUGGAAUACGUCGGACCAAAAUGGCGUACAUUCGUAGCGAACAUGUCGAUAGCAAUUUUCUUCACUUUCGCCUCUUGUGUUUUACCUUGGAUUGCUUAUUUUUUGGCCGACUGGAGAAUGACCUGCUUGGCAACGUCCGUUCCCUUAAUUUUAGCUAUAUUAUCACCUUGGUUAAUACCGGAAAGUGCAAGGUGGUUAGUCAGUCAAGGACGAGUAGAUCAAGCCAUAGGGAUCUUGAGAAAGUUCGAACGAAUCAAUGGUACCAAGGUUCCCGAUGACAUUUACAAGCAAUUUCAAGAAACCUGUGCUAAAAUGCAUAAAGAAGAGGAAGCCGACAAAUCUUAUUCCGUAUUGGAUUUGUUUAGAAGUCCACGGCUACGUAAGAUUACGAUCUUAUUCAUAAUAAUUUGGAUGGCGAUCUCUCUGGUCUUCGAUGGUCAUGUGAGGAACGUCGACAAUCUUGGUUUAAACGUUUUCGUCACGUUCACCGUUGCUGCAGCUACCGAAUUACCGGCUGACACAUUCUUGACACUCGUCCUUGACAGAUGGGGUAGAAGAUGGUUAGCAUGUGGUUCAAUGGUGAUAUCUGGAAUCUUCAGUAUCUGGGCUUGUGCUAUUUCAAACAAUGUUUAUUCCGCCACUCUUGCUAUAUGUGGUAGAUUUUGGGUAAACAUUUCCUACAAUAUAGGCUUGCAAUACGCGGCUGAAGUUUUACCAACCGUAGUACGUGCUCAAGGAGUUGCAUUGAUUCACAUAAUGGGAUACGUCGCCAGCAUCUUAGCACCCUUCGUAGUUUAUUUGAAUAUUAUUUCUUCGAUCCUUCCAUUGUUACUUUUAGGUAUCUUUGGAAUUUUAGGAGGUCUCUUAACUCUUUUCCUACCAGAAACGUUAGACAAGGAUUUGCCACAGACUUUGGAAGAUGGCGAGAACUUUGGUUUGAAUCAAAAAAUGUGGGAUGUACCCUGCUUCUCAAAGAAAUCGCAAGAAAAAGAAUCCCCGGCACCAGAAAUAUUCCGAUCAUUCAGCAGAACUAGUACGAGGAUUUCGAUGAGAGCAUCCCUUCGUGGCGAAGUGAUGCGAAGUAAACUAAUUCAUAGAUCUAGCAUGAGAUCACAAAAAACAACAAGUCCGACAGUGGAAAUGGCUAAGUUAUAGCGAACAAAGUCCAUGUCGUUCGUUUGACUCUUACAAAUUGUGAUACCCAAAGUUAUUGGAGUUUUUACCGAAGCUUCGAUAAUAAUACCGGUAGAAAAAAAUGUUUCGAGUGACAAAUUCGUGAAAAAUUGACAUUAUUGAAAAUAACAAGUAUGAACAUUAAGGAGUUUUUAGAGAAAGAAAAUUUUUACUGAUAACCGAAGAGAUUUGAUGAUUCUACAUAAAAAAUUAAGUUACAAAUGUAAAAUAAACAAAGCCUUAUAUGAACAAAUGUUA